CAACAAAGGAGACUUCAAAUCAUCACGUUUCAUCAAAUGUACCGUCUCCCCCGAGACAAUCAAAUCAAUUUAUCAAUUAGCUAAAGCACUGCAAAAACACUUAAUCUCAAGACUCUGCGUAAUCUGACCGCCAAAAUGUCGCGAUUAGCUUCACGACGCCUCAUCCAUCUCCGCCCAGCACAAAGACACGCCUUCUCAACAACACCUCCAAGACAUCUCAUGAGCCUAGCAGGCUUCUCAGACAACCAACUAACAGUCCGUGACGCCAUCAGCAAGAUAUGCGCUGAAUUUCCCAACACAUACUGGCAAUCCCACGAUCAAGAUGAACAAGACCCAAAGGAGUUCCACGCAGCUCUUGCAAAAGCUGGUUGGCUUGGUAUUGCACUUCCAGAAUCCCUGGGGGGCUCAGAUUUGGGAAUUUCAGAGGCCACGAUGAUGAUGCAGACGAUCGCCGAGUCAGGUGCCGGAAUGGCUGGGGCGCAGAGCAUUCAUGCUAAUGUCUACGCGACGCAACCUCUUGCCAAGUUUGGGUCGAGAGAGCAAUUAGAGGAUACUAUCCCGAAGAUUGUGUCGGGGGAGUAUAGAGUGUGCUUUGGAGUUACUGAACCGAACGCUGGACUUGAUACACUCCGUUUGGAAACGACAGCGAGACAGAACUCGGACGGAUCAUUCAGCGUUACGGGUCAGAAGAUCUGGAUAACUUGUGCACAAGUAGCGUCAAAAAUGAUCCUUCUUGCACGAACGACACCACUAGACAAAGUCAAGAAGCCAAGCGAAGGUCUCUCCCUCUUCUGCAUCGAUCUCGACCGAAAUCACCCAGGUCUUGAAAUGCGCCGAAUCAAGAAAAUGGGCGGUCGAGCUGUCGACGCAAAUGAAGUGUUCUUCGACAACUACACCAUCCCAGCUGCUUCCCUCAUCGGCGAAAAAGACAAGGGGUUCAAAAUGAUUCUCCACGGAAUGAACGCCGAGCGCUGCCUCCUAGCCGGUGAAGCCCUCGGUCUCGGCUACGCCGCCCUCUCAAAAGCAGCAUCCUAUGCACGAACUCGCGUUGUGUUUAAACGACAAAUUGGGAUGAAUCAGGCGAUUGCUCAUCCGUUGGCAGAUGCGUACAUGAAGCUUGAAGCGGCGAAGCUAGCGACGUAUCAUGCGGCGAGGUUGUAUGAUGAGAGUGGAGAGGUGGGACAGGAUGAGGUUGGGAUUGCGGCGAAUAGUGCAAAGUACAUGGCUGCCGAAGCGGCGUUUACGGCGUGUGAGAGGGCGGUGUUGACACAUGGGGGGAUGGGGUAUGCGGUUGAGUAUGAUGUUGAGAGGUGGUUUAGGGAGUGUCUUGUUCCGAGGAUUGCGCCGGUUAGUAGGGAGAUGAUAUUGAACUAUAUUAGUGAGAAGGUUCUUGAGUUGCCGAGGAGUUACUAAUGGUAGUGGACUUGGUUCCCCGUUAGUCAAGGGGUGUAGGGAGACCAAGUGUCGUGAGGU